AUGAACGUUACAGGCGAAGGCGCAGAGUCUUGCACACACACCACACCUUGCGGCGGAAGGCUGCAGUCCCCGAACACGUGUAGCCAGCAUGGCAACAAGGCUGCCCACUCUGGUGGGGCUAGGACGAGCCUUACCGAGUCGGACGGCGGGGCCUAUGCGCAUAGAAGCAGACAGGACGAAGAAGGCAGUGGCACGGCGGAUAUAACAGUUGUCGAUGAUGGAACUGAAGUAGAAGGGGUGAACUGGCAGGCGAUACUCCAGCACAAGUUCCAAGAGGCGCCGUAUUACUAUUUUGCUGCGAGCUCAGUGGCAAACAAGACGGUGGAGAGAUUGUGGAGAGAGGUGGCAGGCAGAACGAAUGAGUAG